UAGGACUAGCUAGCUAUCCAGGUAGCCUGCAGGCCAGUAGAGCCAUAGUCGAUGAGCUUGCAGAGCAUCAAGACAUCGCUGUAAGCCUCAAACUGCCAAGCACUGCGUCAAAAAUCAGUGGAGACGAGCACCCACCUUCAUCGUUGAAGGACAAGUCACGCGCAUCGGCUCAGCGCUUCAAGAGAGAGCAGAGGAGGCCAUCUUCAACCCUACGCUAGGACAUGCAGACCAAACUCGUGCCGAGCCGGCCGUGUUUACUCUACGCCAUUACUCUGGGGUCUACUGUACUGGACACGUCUCCGUAGAGCGACUCUUCCUCUCUGAAGCAACACAUCAUAUCAUGCUGGACUUAGGCAAGCUGUCUUUCAGGCAGGCGCUCCAGCAGUUCCUCGACGUCUGCCUAAAUGGCACCGCGCCUUUAUGGCCUGGAAGGCAGUCAGCCUCGCCAUGGACUUCGAACUGCCUGCCCUGGUCCUCCUGUCGGGCUCCACGGAAACAGCCGUUCAGCUCGGCGAUUUGCUCUUCAUGAUAAGCCUGCCCUCAAUGGCCGACAUUGGCGACAUCGUCGGCUACAUUAUUCAGGACCGCUCUAUUCACAUUGUUCACCGCGUCAACAAGAGCCACAUUCCAGCGCAGUCGGCGAUCAAUGAGCUACGCAAGCCCAUCAAGUUUGUGCAUGGGUUCAUCAACAAAAGGAAGACACGCGUCAACUUGUCAAAGGGGCAGCAGGCAAGCUUGCGUGGCUGUCGCGUCAACUCACUCAGCCAAGAGGAACCAAACCGCGGCCCAUCGCAGAAGCUUUUCACUAAAGGCGACAACAACAAUGACGGCGAUUUGACGCUCUACGCACCUGGGCAGCGCACACUAGACCGCAAGGGGGACGUCACUAAUGUGGUCUAUGGUUUCAUGCCGUAUGUGGGUAUGGUUACGCUCCCUACCAAUGACUAUCCAGCACUCCACUACCUCAUGCUAGGCGGCAUGGGCCUUACGGCGCUCAUCAGCAGAGAAUAAACAGUAAUCGGCGUCGUUUUCUCGUUACUCCACAAGGCAGAUGGCGUGAGUGAGCCGACAAUGCACACGCACGCAACUCACAGCCCUCUGCACAUGCGUGAAG